CCAUUGUUUUCUUCUUCGUUCUUCCUUCUUCUUCCCUUCUGGAUUUUUUAUCAACAAAAAUGGGAGGUCAGUUGAGCAAGAAAACUGAAAAUGGCGGAAGUUCACACUCAAGACCGCCUACAAUUGACCAAAUCCACCCAGAUCUUUCCUCUUACGAAGACGCUUGCCGUCGCGACCCAGACCUCCGAUUAUUCGAUUCCAAUCUCCAACGCCGGACAACCCACGUCAUCUCUACCCUCGCGCCGGACGUCGCCGGCGGCUCCGGCGAAAUACAAAGCACCCUGUCUCUAAACUCCCUUCAAGAAGUCACCGGAUUCCUCCUCGAAACCAACCGGGACGUGGCCAACGUAAUCCUAGAAUACAAAGACGACAUAUGGAAGAACACAGACAUGUUCGAUCUCGUCGAGGAAUUCUUCGAUUGUAGCUUGGUAACACUAGAUUUCUGUACAGAGAUGGAGAAAUGUCUCAGGCGAGCUCGCGACAGUCAAUUGAUUGUUCAAUUAGCUAUUCAGCAGUUCGGGAGUGAAUCUGUGAAUGAAAUUGGAUUAGAUACGAAAAGGUAUAAUCGAACAUUGGAGGAAUUACAUAAAUUCAGUUCAGUUGGCGACCCAUUUACAGGUGAAUUCUUCGCCUUAUUUCAGUCAGUUUAUAAUAAACAAAUACAGAUGUUCAAGAGACUUCAAAAGAAAAAGGCAAGUCUUGACAAGAAACUCAAAAGUCUAAAAUCAUGGAGGAAGAUUUCAACUGUCAUAUUUGUAGCAACAUUUCUAGCUGUUUUAAUCUGUUCGGUCGUAGCUGCGGCUGUCUCUGCUCCUCCUGUUGUGACAGCUCUGGCCGCGGCUGCAGCAGUUCCUUUGGGGAGUAUGGGGAAAUGGUUGGAUUCGGUUUGGAAGAAGUACUUGAAUGAAGUGAGGGGUCAAAGAGAUGUGAUUAAGUCUAUGCAGAUUGGAACUUGCAUUGCGAUUAAAGAUUUGGAUGCGAUUCGAGUUCUAAUUAAUAGGUUGAAAGGUGAAAUGGAAACACUUGUGAAAAUAGCAGAGUUUGGGACCAAUGAAGGAGAUGAAGACGAUGAACAAGGGGUGUUGAUGGCAAUGGAGACGAUUAAGAAGGAGAUGGAUAAGUUUAUGAAGUCGAUUGAGGAUGUUAGCAAAUAUGCUGAUAAUAUUAGCCGUGAAGUGACCAUGGCUAGGACUGUUAUUGUUCGAAGGAUUAUAGGACAAGCAAAUUCUAAUCAAUGAAUUAGGUAACAAUCAAGAUGAGGAUGAUGAAGUUCUAAUAUGGGAUUAUUAUUAUUAAUGAUUAUGAUUAUGAGGCUAUUUAAUAUUCAACCCUUUUGAAUAUGAUCAUUAUAAAUGCUCUGUUCUUGAGUUUUUGUUUGACAUGUAAUUAAGAAAAAUUGGCUAGGUUUUAUU